AGUUGGGGGCACAUUGUGGGCAGAAUCUUCAGAGAGUCCAGAUGCCCGAGGACGGCCGCCAUUGGACUCAUAAGGGCCAAGAAAUCUCCACAUUCUCUCGCCUUCGUCCUUGAUUCCUCUCUCUUUUUGGGUGUGAGGGCAUUAGCACUCAAAGGCAAGCAGGAAGAGAGAGAGACAGCCAUGUGUGGAAUCUUAGCAGUCUUGGGUUGCAGUGACACCUCUCAGUCGAAAAGAGCUCGAAUCAUCGAGCUUUCAAGGAGGUUGAAGCAUAGAGGCCCGGAUUGGAGUGGAAUCCAUUGUCACCAAGAUUGCUACCUAGCACACCAGCGUUUGGCCAUCGUCGACCCAACUUCAGGAGAUCAACCGUUAUAUAAUGAGGAUAAGACCGUCAUCGUUACGAUCAAUGGGGAGAUAUACAACCAUGAAGAGUUGAGACAGAAAUUAAAAUCUCACACCUUCAGAACUGGCAGCGAUUGUGAAGUGGUUGCGCAUCUUUAUGAAGAAUAUGGGGAAAAUUUUGUGGACAUGCUGGACGGGAUGUUUUCCUUUGUGCUACUUGACACUCGCAAUAAAAGUUUCAUUGCUGCAAGGGAUGCUAUUGGCAUUACACCCUUAUACAUGGGUUGGGGUCUUGAUGGAUCAAUCUGGUUUGCCUCAGAAAUGAAAGCGUUAAGCGAUGAUUGUGAACAUUUUGUGUCAUUUCCUCCUGGACACAUAUAUUCUAGUAAAUCCGGAGAACAUCAAAGAUGGUACAGCCCACCUUGGUUUGCUGAGACAAUACCAUCAGCAACAUAUGACCGUUUACUUCUACGUGAAGCCUUUGAAAAGGCAGUAGUUAAGAGGCUCAUGACAGAUGUACCAUUUGGUGUUCUACUGUCUGGAGGUCUUGACUCAUCACUUGUUGCUUCUGUUGCUUCACGCCAUUUGGCGAAAGCAAAUGUUGCUAAACAAUGGGGAUCACAGCUACAUACAUUUUGUAUUGGUCUAAAGGGGUCCCCAGAUCUGAAAGCUGCAAAAGAGGUUGCAGACUAUUUAGGAACAUUCCACCAUGAAUUUGAGUUCACCGUGCAGGAAGGCAUUGAUGCACUAGAGGAAGUAAUUUACCAUAUAGAGACGUAUGACGUGACAACUGUGAGGGCAAGCACUCCCAUGUUUCUGAUGUCUAGAAAAAUAAAAUCUCUUGGUGUAAAAAUGGUUCUCUCAGGUGAAGGUUCAGAUGAAAUUUUUGGUGGUUAUUUGUACUUCCAUAAGGCCCCUAACAAGGAGGAAUUACACCUUGAAACUUGUCGCAAGAUUAAGGCUCUUUAUCUCUAUGACUGCCUCAGGGCUAACAAAUCCACUUCAGCAUGGGGCUUAGAAGCUCGUGUCCCUUUUCUGGAUAAAGAGUUUAUCAAUGUUGCAAUGGGCAUGGAUCCAGAAUGGAAGAUGAUAAAACCUGACCUUGGUCGUAUUGAGAAAUGGGUCCUCAGAUAUGCAUUUGAUGAUGAACAGAACCCAUACCUACCCAAGCACAUACUUUACAGACAGAAAGAACAGUUCAGUGAUGGAGUUGGUUAUAGCUGGAUCGAUGGUCUGAAAGACCAUGCAAAUGCACAUGUCUCUGAUGCAAUGUUGGCAAAUGCAAGUUAUGUUUUUCCUGACAACACGCCUACAACAAAGGAAGCAUAUUACUACAGAGCUAUAUUCGAGAGGUUCUUUCCAAAGAAUGCAGCAAGGAUGACGGUGCCAGGAGGACCAAGCGUAGCUUGUAGUACUGCAAAAGCAGUAGAAUGGGAUGCUGCAUGGUCGAAAAACCUAGACCCUUCAGGGCGUGCUGCUCUUGGUGUCCAUGCUGCUGCUUAUGAAAGUACAGAAGAUGCACCUAAGCGCUCUGCUGAAAAUGGGAAGCUUAACCUGUCACAGAAACUGCAAGGUGUUGAAGCAACCGUGUGACUGAAGACAGCUUCGCAAUUAGAUUUUCUAGGGAUAGUAUUAAUCUAUGGUUGGGUUUCUUCUCUCGACAUAAGGAUAGAUACAUAUUUUGUAGUAUUCUGUAGUUCGGGCCAAGUAUUGAUGCAUAGUUUGUAAUCUUUCUUUGUUGAUUAGGGUAUUAUCAAGAAAUUGCCUCCGAAAUAACAGAACCAUGGAACGGAUUACUGACAGUACAUCCUUCAAUGUAUCAGAUAAAUGAUGUAUCGUUUUGGAAGCGAAUUGUUUUGCAGGA